CGUCACCAAUUACGACACAAGUAUGAACGUGGACAGUGCCGUUUAUUGGUCGAGGAGCAGCAUAAUUGCGCUCCUGAAGAAGGUGAGGGAGUUCCCUUGCAUCUGGGACUUCGAAAACCCAGAUUUUAAGAAAAAACUCCUCAAGAGGGAUUGCUACCAUCGCAUAUGUGAUUCCAUGAGGGCAGAGUUUGUCGAGAUGAAGGACCUCACUGCAGAUCAUGCAAAGAAUAAAUUCAAUCAUUUGAGGACAUAUCACCAGAGAGAACUCAAGAAGAUUGAAAAUGUGCCUAGUGGAUCUGGGGGCCAGCAGAGCUCCAAAUGGGAAUACUUCAACCACUGUUCCUACAUGCAGCCAGGAGGGAGUUUGUACAGAGAGAAAAGUAAUGGGAAACUCCCUCCAAAAGAGACAGAGGGAACACAGCCUGACCAGGUGGAGGAAAAUGCAAGAAAAAAGAGGAAACUCAAUCACAAUGAGUUCAGUACAGCUGACACAUUGUAUCAGGACCAUCUACCAGGGAAUGAGCAGUUCAUGGAAAACAGACCUGAGGCAGCAACCAGACCUUUUACUUCCAGCCAGCCUUCACAUAAUAACCAGACAACGCUUACAACAUUCAAACCAAGAAUUGACGAAGACCAAACAGCAGAUAGAUAUUCACAUCAGACCCUAAUCUUAAAGUGUUUGUUGGAGGAUACAUCUUUUGCUGAUGUGACACUGACAGCUGAGGGGCAGUCAUUAAAGGCACACAAGGCAGUGUUGUCAGCCAUGAGUCCCUACUUCAAAAGUGUGUUGCAGAACAACCCAAGUCCUCACCCCAUCAUCAUCAUGCCUCUCGACAUGCAGUUUGAGGAUCUCAAAGGAAUUAUAGACUACAUUUAUGUAGGUGAUAUAACUGUGGCGACUGAGAAUCUGUCCUCGUUUUUUAAGGCAGCUCGAGUUCUUCAGAUAUCUGGCUUAUCAGCAAUUGAUGUUGUUGGUGUAAGGUCAUCUGAUAUACUCUUAUCAUCCAGUAAUGCAAAAUUACCAUCCAAAGACAGUGGCAACACUGCUGUAUCAACUGGAACCAACCCAAAUAGUUUCAAGAUAAGAAGAAAUGAAAAUACGAAUACACUGCAGUCAUCUAAUGGAGCCAGAAAGAGUACAGUAUCAUUACCCAUUGCCAGGCAAAAUCUGCCCCAGGGUAAAAGGCUGGAACAAGUACACAAAGGGCCAAGCAACUUUGUGCCUGCUGUGGAGACUGUUGGAUUAGAUACAAAUAAGCAAAAGAGACCUGAAAGUGUAGCUUCAUCUGAUGGACAGAAAAAAACAAAAAGCUCAACCCUGGCUGAUUUCUUCAUGCCUUUACCUGAUGAAGAAAGCCUUUCAGUUGACACAGAUGCUGAAGUUACAGAAGAAUAUAAGGAAGAACUUGGUGAUUCCCACCUUCAUCAGCAUGGGAGUGAAGACUCCUCUGAUCGGUCUUCAAGCAUAUCUGAUGAAAAGGAAUGCAAGAUCUUUAAUGCUGCGGAAAUUAAAGAAGAACCAAAUUAUUAGAAAAACAGGAACAUGAGACAAACAUUUUCUCUUGAUUAAGACAAAAAAAUAUUAUAAAUCAAUCAGGAUUAUGAAAUUAUGGUAUGAUUUUUUUUCUUGUUUUUGUUGUUGUCCAGUUACCAAAUCGCUACUUUUAUGGUGAACAUUUCCCUGACAUCUUGAGUUUUUCUUUAAUUUAGUUUUCUCACUGGAUAGGUGUGAUUAAUGAGCAGCUUUGAUUACAAUGCUAAAAAAUGGAAUGCUGAGGAAUUUUCAUGAAAAUAGAAUUAUUUGUUAACAUUCCUUUUAUUUUGUGAGUUAUCUGAUUAUUACUUUUUCCUCUUUUUUUUCUUCUCAAGAAGUCAAAACAGGGAUUUAUGCCUUGUUGGCCAGACUAAGAAUUUGCUUAUUCUUGUGAACAUUUUGAACAUAGUAUUUGUAUACGUAUUUUGAAAAAAAUUUAUGCAGAUGUUUAUACAUUUUAAAAAUAAAGGCCUAUAUGUUU